AUGGCGGACAGCAGGGAAGAAAGCGACGAACUGCAGAAACCAAUGAAAGUUAAUGGCAGAUACGUUGAUCCGUGGGGGACUACAAAUUUUCCUUCAAAAACAGAUGUGUUCAGAUGGAUGUUUAAAGAGAAAAAUGAGCGCGGAAUCGGAGGUGGUUUGAAAGAUCUGUACCGCUUCAAAACGCAGGCAAGUUCUUUUCUUAUUUGUUACGUUAGAUCCAGUCUUGUUUGAAAAAUGAAAUGUAAAAGGGUAAUUUUUAUGACUUUUACAAUGAUUUUGUGGCCCAACGGUAGUCGCAUAAUUAACCGGGUUCCACCAUUCUAUUACGUAAUAACAUCGGGAACACAGUAAAUUGAUGUGUUUUUGAAAGAAGAGAACAAAGGGUAUCUCAUCCCCAUUAAUUUUCUGUUUUUGCAGUUCACGUGGACAAGGUAAUUAUAGCCUUUUCUACAUUUAAUUUUUAAGACAGUUUCUCCUUUUAAUUCUGUUUGUAUACAAAUCCACAGGAGCUUGAAAGAACUCUUCCUGUCUUGACCCCUGACAGUAAAGCUUUGUCAUCUCCCCCCACAGAUGCCAUUCAAGUGACCUGGCUAGGUCAUGCCACUGUUUUGGUUCAAAUGGACAAUGUCAAUAUCUUAACUGACCCUAACUUAAAUACGUUUGCCGGGCCUAGCAAGUCAUUAGGCAUGAAGCGUUAUCGACCACCUCCUUGUAAAGUGGACGAACUACCAGUGAUUCAUGCAGUAUGCAUCAGUCAUGAUCACUAUGACCACUUAGAUGUCAAGUCUGUUAUGGCCCUUAAUCAGAGGUUCGGAAAAGAUCUUUUCUGGUUUGUUCCCAUGGGACUGAAAAACUGGAUGAGUGAAUGUGGGUGUCAAAACAUCAUUGAACUAGAAUGGUGGGAGGAAGCUGAACUACCAGAGAAAUCGCAAAUUUUUCCAAAGUUUAUCUUCACUCCCUCGCAGCACUGGUGUCGCAGAUCAUUGACGGAUCGUAAUAAAGUGUUAUGGGGAAGUUGGACAAUAAUAGGGGCAAGACAUAGAUUUUUCUUUGCUGGAGAUUCUGGAUACUGCAGAGGGUUCAAGCAGAUUGGAAUGAAGUACGGACCAUUUGAUUUUGCUGCCAUACCUAUUGGAGCAUAUAAGCCAAGGUCAGUGUCAUUUCCAAACGAAAAACAAUAAACUCCUCACAGCAUGCAAAGAAAGUAGAGUCCAAUAGCCCGGGGCUAGUGGAUUUUGCUAUUGGACUAGUGAAUUCUGUUUUUAACUUGCCCAACGGGCAAGUGAUGUUUUUUUAAGAAUUGGAAUAAUAGAAGAACUGUGAAAUCAAUUGUGCUCGUCAAAAAGAUUUUGGGGCUGGUUGAAAUAACAUCUGGGCUAGUAAAUGCUAGCUUCAGCUUGCCCUAAUGGCAAGCUGUAAAAAUGAUUUUCUUUGCACCCUGCUCCUCAACAGAAGGGAGAGAGAAAAGAGAGGCAAUUUUUUGUGAUUGCGCUGGCUCCCAGUGAAGCAACAACAUUAUUCUGGACUCACUGCACUAGUAUUUAAUGGCAUAACAGGAAGUGCCCCAGUGCUCUCAACAUAUAUGAGCUCAUAAGAAGGACAGCCAUCUUGACAAUGACAACCAAAAACUCAGAAAUGUUAAACAUGCCACUCCUCCAUGUUGCUCAGAAGUGACCCAAGUUCCUUUCAGUAUAGGACAACGUCUCUUUGGAAUAAGUAUUGCAGCCAGAACUCAAGCUGAGCAAAUCCAUGGCUUAUAUUAAGCGUCAACUUUAUAGGUGACUGCUUAUGGAUGUUUCCUUAAUGUAGUUACCAAAAUUUUUUUACUCACCAUGGUGAUAUAAACGGUUGCAGCUUGGAGCACUGCCUUGUUUAACGUUGAUGUUUUUCAUUUCCAGGUGGUUUCUACAAUUCCAACAUGUAGAUCCUGCGGAAGCUGUCUGUAUUCAUGAAGAUCUUCAGUCUCGUCAUUCAUUAGGAAUUCACUGGGGCACCUUCCCAACAGGAAAAGAGGUAUGUUACAGCUGUACAAAUGGACAUGUUACAUGUAUAUUUCUCCUGGGAAUUUUUUUGUGGGGGUGUCCCGCCUGGUUCUCCAAACCCUGACCCUAUAUCAGACCCAAAAAUGUAAUUUGCCACACCCAUUUUCAGACCUGGCCUCUAAAAUCCGUACCCGUUUUCCGACCUGGAGGUGGCAAAAUCUAUACACGUUUUCAGACCAAAAUGGCACAAAAACACAUACCUAUAUGGCUAUGGACCCCCCCCCCUUAGGCCUUAGGUCUCUCCACUAGCUCUGAGCUAUCAGAUAACACUUCCUCAUGCCCUUAAAUGGGGCACCGUCAAAUUCUUUUAAGUUUUAAACAUAAUAUUUAUUUUGUAUCAAGAAAAUUCUUUGCAGCCCAAUCUCAAUCAAAAUGAUUAUAAUAAAUAUUAUAGAUUGACAUUUAGUGCUGGUCUUUGUUUCUCAAUGUUUCAUUUACAACUUUUGCUACUAUAAUUUCUAAUGACACCACAAUAAUAUUAUAUUAGCUGAGUCCUGUUUUUUUUUUUUCUUAAUUUGGCAGCAUUAUUUGGAUCCACCUAAAGAUCUUAAAGAAGCUCUCAAGUCUAAAGGGAUUCCUGACUCAUGCUUUUUCACCUUAAAACAUGGAGAAACCAAGGUCAUAAAAUAACCUUAAAAGCAAAAAUAGACAAUGAAAUUGCUUGAAAAGCAGUAAACUAGGAAUGUUGAAACACUUUGAAAAUUUUGUCGUUAUUACAGUGUACAGGUAUUUAUUUAUUAAAUUUUAUUCAUUCAUUAAAAAUACUCAAAGAGCUUCAACAACCAGAGUCACAAGUCUGCUGUGUUUUUUAUUAACUUUAUGAUAUAAUUGACUUUAUUUUNUUUGCAGCCCAAUCUCAAUCAAAAUGAUUAUAAUAAAUAUUAUAGAUUGACAUUUAGUGCUGGUCUUUGUUUCUCAAUGUUUCAUUUACAACUUUUGCUACUAUAAUUUCUAAUGACACCACAAUAAUAUUAUAUUAGCUGAGUCCUGUUUUUUUUUUUUCUUAAUUUGGCAGCAUUAUUUGGAUCCACCUAAAGAUCUUAAAGAAGCUCUCAAGUCUAAAGGGAUUCCUGACUCAUGCUUUUUCACCUUAAAACAUGGAGAAACCAAGGUCAUAAAAUAA